AUGACGAGGAUAUGGGAUAUCGUUGUCAUCGUGGGCUUAGAUAUAGCUGCUGCAGUCCUCGGAAUCCUAGCAGGAGUCUCUCAAAAUCGGGUGUGCAGUGAGCCGAGCCAGAAAGCGUUCUGGCUAGGUCUAAGCGCACAAGUAAUAUUGUUAAUCUCCAUGCUCCUCGAAUUUUUCAAAGACCGUCCCUGUCUAUUAUCUCCACGCGAGUUUAAAAGAUCUUCUUUCAGUAAGAAGUUCUCCUGUGGUAUUCUCCUCCUCAGUGGGAUCGUAUCCACCGGUGCAAAUGUGGCGUUUGGGUAUGGAACGUAUUGGAACGGCAAGUCACAAUCCUCUUGUGGGUUCAAACAUCAUUUACUCACCAUUGGAGGGAUCUUGUGUUUUUUUCGUGCCCUUUUUUCUGUCGCUUGGUACGUUUCUAACACUGCUAAAGACGAAGCUGCUAACUGA